AUGUCGCAAGCGAAACCUGUAGAUCCAAACGCCCAAAGCAAAGCAGAACGUGGAAGGAAAGUCCUAUUCCCCUUGGAUAAGAGUUCCAAAGUUCGUGCAGCAAUCGAAUGGUUCUUCAGUUUUGGUUACCGCCAGAGCGACUCCAUCAUAUUUGUCAAUAUUGUCCAUCCAAAAUACUCUCGCGGAGUUAUUAACCUAGAGAGCAGUUCCUUCAAUCCUAGCGAAGAUUUCAAAUUGGAUUUCGAUGAGGUGCACGAAAUUGAGGACGAAUACAAGGAGUUUGCGAGGAAAGCGGGUGUGAAAUUUAGCACUACUUGCAUAGCUGAUACUGAUAUAGCUGGUGAACUAAACAUGCUUGCUGAUCAGGAGAAAGCCGAUUUGAUAGUGACAACAGCACUGGGAGAGAGCAUUUAUGAUCUCAUCGGGGAUACUAAGAUACCUGUUCUUAUUGUACCUUCAGAAGAAGUGGAUAAGCCAGGCACAUCGUUAUAA